GUGACGCCUCUUCCGGCGCUGAUUGGUUGUUGCUUUGACCCGCCCACACGUCGCACGCUCCCCCUACCGCGCGUGCGCGCUGUCAGUACGGAGCCUCAGAAUGGCGGACGACGAGGCUUUGGGAUUCGAACACAUGGGCUUGGAUCCCCGGCUCUUGCAGGCCGUGACGGACCUGGGCUGGUCGCGGCCCACGCUGAUCCAGGAGAAGGCCAUCCCGCUGGCCCUGGAGGGGAAGGACCUGCUGGCCCGCGCCCGCACCGGCUCGGGGAAGACGGCCGCCUACGCGGUUCCCAUGCUGCAGCUGCUGCUCCAGAGGAAGGCGACCGGCCCGGUGGUGGAGCAGGCUGUGCGCGGCCUUGUCCUCGUGCCCACCAAGGAGCUGGCGCGGCAGGCCCAGGCCAUGAUCCAGCAGCUGGCUGCCUACUGCGCCCGAGACAUCCGGGUGGCCAACGUGUCGGCCGCUGAAGACUCGGCCUCUCAGAGAGCUGUGCUGAUGGAGAAGCCUGACAUCGUGGUGGGGACCCCGUCGCGCAUAGUAAACCACUUGCAGCAAGACAGCUUGAAGCUGCGGGACUCCCUCGAGCUGCUGGUGAUGGACGAAGCCGACCUCCUCUUCUCCUUUGGCUUCGAGGAGGAGCUCAAGAGCCUCCUCUGUCACUUGCCCCGGAUUUAUCAGGCUUUUCUCAUGUCGGCUACCUUUAACGAGGAUGUGCAAACACUCAAGGAGCUGGUCCUGCAUAACCCAGUUACCCUCAAGUUGCAAGAGUCCCAGCUGCCAGGGCCAGAGCAGCUCCAGCAGUUCCAGGUGGUCUGCGGCACGGAGGAAGACAAGUUCCUGCUGCUGUACGCCCUGCUCAAGCUGUCGCUGAUUCGGGGCAAGUCCCUGCUCUUCGUCAACACUCUGGAGCGCGGCUACCGGCUGCGCCUGUUCCUGGAGCAGUUCAGCAUCCCCGCCUGCGUGCUCAAUGGGGAGCUGCCCCUGCGCUCCAGGUGCCACAUCAUCUCGCAGUUUAACCAAGGCUUCUACGACUGCGUCAUAGCGACUGAUGCCGAAGUCCUGGGCGCCCCGGUCAAAGGCAAGCGCCAGGGCAAAGGGCCCAAGGGGAACAGGGCCUCUGACCCGGAGGCGGGGGUGGCCCGGGGCAUAGACUUCCACCACGUGUGUGCCGUGCUCAACUUCGACCUCCCCCCCACCCCUGAGGCCUACAUCCACCGAGCUGGCAGGACGGCACGUGCCAACAACCCAGGUGUAGUCUUGACCUUUGUGCUGCCCACGGAGCAGUCCCAGCUGGGCAGGAUUGAGGAGCUUCUCGGUGGAGAGAACGGGGCCCCCACCCUGCUUCCCUACCAGUUCCGCAUGGAGGAAAUCGAGGGCUUCCGCUACCGCUGCAGGGACGCCAUGCGCUCGGUGACGAAACAAGCCAUCCGGGAAGCAAGGCUGAAGGAGAUCAAGGAGGAGCUCCUGCACUCGGAGAGGCUGAAGACGUACUUUGAAGACAACCCCAGGGACCUCCAGCUGCUGCGCCACGACCUGCCCCUGCACCCUGCCGUGGUCAAGCCUCACCUGGGCCACGUCCCUGACUACCUGGUUCCUGCUGCUCUUCGAGGCCUGGUUCACCCUCACAAGAAGCGGAAGAAGCCGUCCUCUAAGAAGGUCAAGAAGGCGAAGGCCCAGAACCCACUGCGCAGCUUCAAGCACAGACCCAGGGCGGUGCCCUCCUGAGUCGUCCAGGCGGCCUCAGCUAUCUUCCUGGCCUCGUGGGCUGAGCACAGCGGGAAAGGAGAGUUCCCCCUCGACGGAGGGACUGAUUCCCGCCCUGGACGAAUGCUCUAGGCCCUGGAGCUGGCAGACUGUGGCCUCCCGAUCCGUGGCUGCCAGGCCGCAUUUUGUGCCUUAAAGACAGAAUAAAGGUCCUGGCGCCUCCGUCUGGGCCUCCUGCAGGUUUCAGCCCUCUGAGCCCGCUUCUGGGAGGCAGGGCCUGGCCCUCUGCCUGCUGCAUGCGGCCCUGUGGCCAGCAGGGGUAACCGUGCCGUCUGCAGCGGGCCCUGCGGCCUGGGAGAUGCCUGCCUGGUCCAGGUCUCUUUCCAGCCCACACCUGCUCCCGUGCCUUCCUGCCUGGGGCCACACUGGCCAGCCUCCAUCCCCUGAAGCUCAGGAACAACAGCUCACCCACAGGAAAGGGGGCCCUGCUCACCUCGGACCUGCUGCCUGCCCUCCUCCGGCCGCCGGGGAUGCAGACCUGAGCUCCUGGCAUUGCUGCUCCGUCAGCACCGCUGUGCGUGUGCCAAGUGCAUGAGUGGUUCUGUGAGGCUCUCACACCUCGUUCAUUUCUCUCCACUUGGCCAGGAGGCCCUAGGACAGCGGUUCUCAACCUGUGGGUCGCGACCCCUUUGGCGGUCGAACGACCCCUUCACAGGGGUCGCCUAAGACCACCUGCAUAUCAGAUAUUUACAUGACGAUUCAUAACAGUAGCAACAUUACAGUGAUGAAGUAGCCACGAAAAUAAUUUUAUGGUUGGGUCACAACAUGAGGAGCUGUAUUUAAAGGGCCAGAAGGUUGAGAACCGCUGCAGGGAGGAGAGGGUCCCCCCAGAGGAGGGCUCUGCAGCUGUCCUUGGUUGUGGCCCUCAUAUCAGGACCCCCAUCUGCUCGUCAGGCCUCACAAGGCCAGGCUGCUGCGGGGGGGGGCGGGGGGGCGGGGGGGGCUGGAGCGGGCCCUGCCGCUGGUGGGUGUGAAUGGCCAAGGCUGUGGAGAGUGUCCCUGCGCCCUGAGUUUGCAGAGGAAGGGUAUCCAGGGCCCGGACAUCUUCAGGCCUCACACGGGACACAGGCCCUCAGGGGUUGGGUCUGGUGCUGAAGUGUCCGCCCUUAAUGAGCACGUGAGGGGUCCCUGGGCCGGGAAGGCAGGGGCAGGGCCAGCCCCUGAGCAGCUCGGAGAAGCUCAGCGUUUCCAGGCGACCCUGGCGCCCUGGGACUGUCGGGGGGUCGGAGUCCCGUGAGCAUCUCCCCGUGGCUGGUACAAUCACCGCGCCUGGAUGGCACCCUGUGCCAGAGACGAGGGAGGGGGGCAGGCACAGCCCUGCGUGUGCGGAGCUUUGUGGGGAGUGAGGGGUGUCGAGAAUCAGGCCUUCACCUGGCGGCCUGGCUCAGCCGUAGAGCAUUGAGCAUGCACCAGGAGGUCACAGCUGAUUCCUGGUCGGCAUGCGUGCCCAGGUUCCAGGCUCAGUCCCUAGCAGGGGGCGUGCAGGAGGCAGCUGAUCAGUUCUUUCAUCGAUGUUUCUUUCAUCUCUCCCGUCCUCUCUAAAAUCAAUAAAAACAUGAAAAAGAA